AGGAUGCAACUUUGGAAGGAUAUAGAGAGGGAUAAGUACUAUAAAAUUGAUAUUUCUCAAGGAGGGCAAAAAAGGUGCUUACAAAACGGCACACCAGUGACAAAGUUCUUUCCAGAAGUAACAGGGAUUUAUAAUUUUGACCAGAGAGCUAGUAUCUCGAAUAGUGUGAAGGGGAAAAUUCUUCCAGAGCUUCACUCUAGAAGGCACUUCUCUAAAGACUCUUCAACCAGCAGAAUGCAUGGAUAUAGUCAAAUGCCUGAGCCUAUUUCUUACGACAGUCCCAAAAUUGAGAACAUGAAAAUUUCGAUUCUUUCAAAAUGGAACAAAACCAAUUUUGGCAAGAGUAAAGGAAGCAUUAAGCUUGACCGGAAGACAUUGAUCUCCAAAUUCCUCCAGCCCAAAUGCAGCCUCCAAACCAAAAUUAGCAACAACUUUCAAGACCUAGACAAAACCUUUCAACCAGUGCAUCGCAAAUUCAACUCUAUGAGCACAAAACCCUCCAAAGACCCAAAUACAAAUUUCGAUUGGCCUACAAAGAACCUCAAUAUCCUCUCAUCAUACAUAAACAGUGGGUUAAAGAUCGAUAAAAAUUCGAAAUCUCCGAAGCAAACCAAAGUGGCUUUAAGAAAGAACUUUUCUCCACAUGUUCAUGAUCUGACUGAUGAGGCCGGCUACAGCAAGUAUAAGCGUAAUAAGACAUUGGCUGAACGGAUCAAGGACGAAACCGUGCAAGCGAGUCAUCUGAAGAAUAUGAGAGAGAUCAUGAACAAAUCUAUAUGUGAUAUAGUGCAACAGGGUGAGGAAGGGGAUAGUGACAGCGACACAGAAGAUGGGGGAGAUAAAGAGAAACCUAAUAGACUUAGUGUGGACAAACUUAAGGGACGCAUGAACUCGAAGUCUAACGUAUAUGAAACUUCAGAAGAUGGACAGAGGAAGACAUUUAAGGUCAAGCCAAGAAAUAGAUUUCCUAUUCAUAUCCAGACUGAAAGUGAGAGAUGGAAAAAGGAUAAAAAUUGGCUUCUCAAAGCUAAUCCUACUGCAAAUCAAGCAAUUGCAAAGAGAGGAGAAUUUGAUCUCAAAAUGCUUAUGAAGAGAAGGAAGCAGAGAAUAUUAAAGAUUCAAGCAGCUGAAGCUGAUUGGAGCAAAGAAAAUAACAAGAAUAUUCUAAAAUUUUAG